ACAGGUAGUCAAACAAAAACAAACGUCCAAGUGUGACUCUCGCAGAAUGUCGAAAAAGUCCGAUUAUAUCGUGACAAUGGGACCAUAAAUAUUGGUACUCACCAAUGGAAAAGGCACUCCAUAGACUAGCAUGAUUUUCCUCUUCAGAAGACACAAAUCAUGAAUUUAUUAUUUUGGGGAUGUUUUGGGUUGGGCCUCAUCCUCUUUGUACCCCUAUUUGGAAUAAUUUGGCUUAUUUCCAUUGGUAUCCUCUUUUUCGUGUUUUGUUUAGGGGGGUUCACUGUUUUACAUUGGAAACAUGGACCAACGGAUGAUGUGGACAGUGAGGGAAGGCCAGUUAUCAGCGAAAAGAAAACAGGUCUUUCCAAGGUUGUUCAGCGUUUGCAACCUCCUCCUACCUAUAAACUUGACAAAAGACUCACAGGAUCUCAACUCAUUGAUGAAAGUCUUCAAGAGAUCCUGGGUUACAUUAUACGGGAUCAGGUUGAACCAUGGUAUGAUCGAGUAAGUGCUCAUCCGCAGUUCCCACAUCAAGUUCGUGCCACCGCUCAACAAGUCAUUGUGAGCUUUUCCAACAGGGUGAAAGAGGUAGAUUGGAUACAGUACCUCACCACUAAGCUUGUAGAUGAUGCUGCUUCCCAUCUAAGACUCUACAGACAAGCACGGAGCCGAAUGAAACACCCACCGGCUCCAACUUCUUACCAUCCGAGUCAUAGCAGGCAGGCUAGUGGAUCAAAAUUUGAUACUAAACAAGGAGGAAAGGAUACUUCACCAAUGCACAGCAGUGCUGCGCUUUCAGCACACCUACUCCCACCAGGGUCCAGUAAACACCAGGCACAGUCUCAAUCGUUAGGGUCUGCUGUGUCUGCAUCGAAUGCAGGUGGACCCUCAUCACCCUCUAUUCCUGUUGAUUUGGAAACAGCUUUCUUUGACUUGGAAGUUACAAUGGAAGAUAAUCUAUUGUGUCGUGAUUUAGUGUGUACUGAAAGAGAUCAAGAGAAACAAUAUUUACGAGACAUUGCAGAAAUAUUGCUAUUCUUGCUCUUACCUGAAGAUGACUUUCACUGCAAAACUUUGAGAUUUCUAGUCCGGGAGCUGUUUGUUGAAGUAAUCAUCCUGCCACUAUUAGAUUUAUUUUCUGAUCCUGAUUAUAUCAAUCAAACUAUAAUAUGGCUUUGUCGAGACAUGCCAACAAGUGAUGUAUUCUUGACAGUCUUAAGAGUAACUGACAACUUAGACGAGUUACAUGCUACGAGGGAGCUAUUGGAGAAGGAAAUUGCUCAAGUGAGAUCUCGUGAUUCUGGAGGAGAGGAUGACACAUGGGUCAAACAGCAGCUUAGCAGUCUUUUAUAUGUUCGUAAAGUUGUAGAUAUUCGGUUGGCUCGGCUUCAAGAGGGAUCAGAAACAGAUUCUGUUGGAUUACCUGCACAUGUGGAUUGGAAUAAGCUUCUUGCACCGGGUGCCAAUAAAUUAUUCUCCUUACCACUUGAUGUUGUCCUGAAAAACAACAUUGCACUUUCAUAUUUUAUUGAGUACAUGUCUAACAUUGAUGCUCAAGCAUAUCUUUUCUUUUACUUAAAUGUAGAAGGUUGGAGAGUUUCUGCUGAACACCAGGUCUCUGAUAUGGAGUUGCAGAAAUUGAAUGCAAACUCAAAUAACAGUAACAUUGACACCAAUAAUUCAAUUACCCUUGAUAAUAUGAAAGAAGCAGCUUACAGCAUCUAUGAGCAGUAUCUCUCUGAAAAAGCUUCACCUCGGUUGAAACUAGAUGAGACAGUUGUGAAACAUCUCCUAUUUAGAAUUCGAACUGAAAUUGUUAAUGAAACUUGGUUCGAUGAAAUUCAAAAUAAUGUGUUUGAAAAGCUUCAGAAUGAAGAUAAAUUUUUACCAGGCUUCCGGAGAAGUAUUGGUUAUGUCAAACUGUUAGCAGAGCUAGAUCUCUUGAAAGAGAGUUGGUCGCGCAGUGAUGAGGAUGAUAUAGACUAUCCAGUUUCUGCAGAUGAAAUGAGUCUCUCUGACAAUAUCAGCCUCAGUUCUCUUGAUGCACUUGAUGCCACUCAAGCCUGUGGUCCUGUGAUAGAGGGCUCACAAUUGGCUGCCGAGUUAUCUCAGCUAAACUCUAAACAAUCACCCAACCCUCCUGCUGCUGACCCAAAGAAGACACAAAAUGGUCCUUUUGCUUUAACGGCUGAAAUCAUUGGAACAGGGCUACUAAAUGACCAUGGAAAAUCGUAUGGCAUCUAUGCUGUGUCAGUGUGUAAAAGUUAUGAAAGUGGGUUUCAAGACAAGUGGCAUAUAUACAGACGGUACUCAGAUUUUUAUGACCUUCAUCAGAAAAUUAAGGAGAAGUACAUUGACCUUGCCAAGCUGACUUUUCCUGGCAAGAAAACUUUUCACAACAUGGAUCGUGCAGUUUUGGAAAAACGCAUGAAAAUGCUCAACAACUAUCUUCAGAUCAUAGUGCAACCCGGAGUUUUAUCAUCUCAUAUAGGUUUGGUGCAACUCCUACUAUCAUUUUUUGAACCAGGAGAGUAUGACAAAGGGGUAACUGGAGGCCAAAUAUCUCGAACGUUUGACACACUGGUAAAUCCUUUGAAGUCUUCAGUACGCACAGUAGGGCAGGCUGUACGAUCAAUGCCAGAUAAUUUACUGAGCACAGUUGAUGGGGUCAUGGAUGGUCUGACUAAAGUUUUCCAAACCAAGCCUAAUGUGUCAAAGGUUGAUGAGGAUUCAAUGAAAGUUGGUGCAUCUUUAGAUCAAGAGACGGAUGACAACAUUCCUCUAAGAAUCAUGCUGCUCUUAAUGGAUGAAGUAUUUGAUUUGAAAUCAAGAAAUCAGUGGCUUCGACGCAGGAUUGUUACCUUACUCCGUCAAAUUAUUCGAACGAUGUUUGGUGAUAUUGUUAAUAGGAGAAUAAUUGACUAUGUUGCUCUGAUGACUAGUCCAGAGCAGGUUGCAGACUACCUUUGUGCUUUCAAACAUGCUCUUUGGCCCAAUGGAAUGAAGGCUGAACCUCGACAGGCUCGUGAUGAAGCUACUCGCAUGAGAACACGAGUUGCUGCAAAAGUUGCUCUUCUAUGUAGUUUGUCAGAUGAGUUUAAACACGUUAUUGGUAAUGAAACAAUGCGCAGAGGACUUUUAAGAGUAUUUGAGAUGUUCCAGCACCCUGUCUUGAACCGAAGACUUGUUUAUGUUCUUCUUGAGGGCUAUUUAGUGACAAUGUUCCCUCAACAUAACUUAGACAGCACAUUCCGGAAGUUACACUCUCGAUCUUCCCGAGUAAGAGAUGACUUCAAAACAUCUCAAAGAUCUAAGCAAGAUCUUUUGAGAUAAACUUUUUAGUGUGGAUUGGAAUUACUUCCUCACACUUUGUUACUUAGUAAAUUUUCAUUUCAAUGCAGGCAGAGAUGUAAAAUAAAUUACCAAAUAACUGGCUAAUGUAGAAAUGCCCCGCGUCCAUUUACUAGUCAAGUGAAAAUGGUGCAGUGUGUUGUCUCCUCUUUGUUACUUUUUCUUUUUGGCACUAUGCAUAGUACUCAUAGUAUUAACUGAGACUAGCUACUUUGAUGUGUUAGUUGUAUUGCUCAUUUUAGUUGAUAUUAAAUGUUUUGCUGUCUCUUAUUGAUUUGCUUGUAUGAUAAGUUUAAAUUCAAAGCCAAUCAGUGUUCAUAAGAAAAAUGUGCAUCACAAUUGUAUUGGUUUGUCAUUGUGGUGAACUAAAAUGUAUGUGAUUUUGAGCAGCUGUGUUUAUCGUAGAAGCAUUGUUUGGAUGAAUUUUCCUCUUCAAAAGAAAGUGCUAGUUUGCUGUUCCAAAUGUGCACAAUGACUGUUAUUUUUGUAAUCAUUAUUUACAUUUAUUAAGACCAGGUCAAAACUGUUGUAAGGAGGCUUUUUAUGUUCUUGUUUUGUUGAGAGUUAUAUGCUGAUUUCCAUGGUCGCUGUCACAUUAAGAUGUUAAUCUCAACCAGUUUUAUUUUUCUCUAUUUUUGUUUUUCAAAUGGACACAACUCAAGAUAGAAUGCGUAGCCAACAAAUGAAAACAUGCAGCAGAUAGUAGGUAUGUAAUGACUAAAGUGCCAAUGUAAUAAGUGAUUGUGAUGCAAUGAAAGGAAGGGGUAUGGUUUCAACCCAUACUUCCCCCUGUCUUUAAUGCCAAAAGAUUAUUCUUUAAAAGAAAAUACGUAAAAUACAAAAAUAAUGGAUUUAAUGAUAUUAGUAUGAAAUGUCCCACCAUAACUUUGGGACUGACAUGAGCAAUACAAUAAAAUUCUUUGCAAUCAGUGAAGCCUAGUAGAUAGUUUAGACCAAGCAUUGUUAGCUGCAUUUGGGCUCUUUGCUAGAAGUUAGGAAAUCUGUCUUGAAAGUUAAACUACUGUAGAUAAGAAUUCUAUCUUGAAACAUAAACUACUGUAGAUUUUUAGAGAGAUACUUAAUGAACUACUUGUUUGCAUUGGAGACUUGUGAGCACAUGUGAUCUUGUAAUCUAGUAAUCUCAUACCUUUUACUAUCUGGCAGUAUGUACGUAGUUUGGGCAUGCACAUAUUGUAGAGGGAUAGAAUAUUAGCUUAUUUUUAUUUGGUGUAUUUUAAUAUCUUUUUGAACCUAUGGUUAGGUCUUUGUUUUCUUUUCCCUCUUUAUCCCCCCUCCCCCUUUAAAAAAACUAAGAAUCCCUUCUGAGAUUUUUAGUUGCAUUUAUUCCGUUAGUUCUCUGCUGCAGGCACUGAUUUUUGGGAGAAAGCAAAACUAUGCCAUUUUGAGUUUGUUUUAUGUAAACCUUGGACCAUAUUUUUAUGAAUUUUGUCUAUGCUUUAAUAGGAGUCAUAAGUCAGGCUUUAUUGAUUGAUUCUUUUUCACUCUUGAGAGGAACCGUUGGGAUUUAUGAGAAAACAAUCACAAAGCCUUUAAAUUAUGAAUCACUGGUUCCAAACUGAACAUUCUUGUAGAUUCUAGUCAAAACCUCUGAAUUCCCUGUGAAAUCCCUAAAAAUUCAUUCAAGGCUCUAAGGAAAAGGGGAUGUUGAAGUUACUCAGUAAUUCAAUCAAUUUUGGUUGGUUUUAUUGACCCUUCUGAUUCUAAAAUGAUGGAGGCUGCAUUAUGAUUUAGCAAUGAUUUGAAGGCCUAAACAUUGUUUAUUAAGUAAAGAAUUUCAGCCAUAUAUUUUUGGAAUGAUGUAAUAUAAAUAUGACUAUUGUGCAUGAAAAUGAUAAGAGCUUUGAGGUGGUUAUUUAAUUCAAAUGUAAUUUGAAACUGGGGAAAAAAGUCUUUAGUAGUAAUCUAUUGUUGGAUGCAGUUCCUACCAUUCUCUUGUACUGGUGUGGGCUUGUCAAUUAGUAAUAUGAGUGACAUAUCGACUUUGACAUGCUAACAACCUGCAUACUAAGUGGGAACAAGUGAAAUGACAACAGUCUUACUUCUCUUUAUAUUUUUACUACAAACUGUGGGUUACUUUCUUUACUCUGUUCAAAAUAAUUGUUUUUUGACCAACUUUCAACCAUAGAAUGAGGUAAAUACUUUGAUGAUGCCCGUUCUUGUUUGAACCUUGUUUUGCAAUUUCACAGUAUACUACUCUGUAUGUAGGAUUUGGAUUUCUUUGCUCAGGUAUCAGUGUAAUGGAGAUUAAAAAAAAGGGAAUGUACUGGGUGCAAUGAUGGUUUUCCUUUCAUUUCUCUUCUGUGGGUUUUUGUUAAAUAUGCCCAGAAGGGGCACAGCAUGAAAUAAGCAAAACGGCAUACUCUCGUGUGUGAAAGUUGAUCUACUGCAUUUCAGAAUGUGAUAUUAUAUUUUAUUGUUUGCUAAUUUUAUUAUUAAAGUUUAUUGCUAUGAGAAAA